GACAUUCGUGGGCUACUAAUAAUUACGACGGAUACAAUAUCUGGACACCCCGUGCUGACCUGGGGACGCUUUGUGAAGUGGUACCGCUUCAACGUAAAUUAUGAAGAUGGCAUCUUCGAGUAAAUUUGAGGUAAAAUGUACACCACCUGACGCAUCGAUCCGCGCAUGCGGUGUAAACCUAAGACGGCGUUUUAUGCAGUACUGCUUCAGAUCCCCAUGCAUUGUUUUGCAGCUGCUGACAAUGCUGAUCUUCGAGAAAAGGAUAUGGUGUCUUCAUGCAGCUCCUUUCCCACUUGCGGGAUGUCCGAGAUCGUCAUGGCAUUCAAGAUAUCUGACAAACGAAGAGGGUAUGUGGGCAGGGAUUAUGUCCGUUAUCAGGCGAGAUUCCAUGUAUGCGGUGCAUGGUGUUUCGCAAAGCUACGCGUCUUGCUGAUUGAGUGUCCGUAGUAAUACUUCAUCAGGGCUAUCACUCCCCUUGUCUGGACGAAAUGGCAUGCGUAACGUAAUUGAUCAAAGUAUGAAAGAUAGUCUCGCGUGUUUGUUAGGCUUUCUGGAUAUGAAUUUUUGGG